CCCACUCGGUUAGAAUGUUUUCAUGUUUGAGAGUGGCAACAGUUAAGGGUUGAACAAACUUUGUUGAAAGCAAGGCACAAACAAUAUCACAACCAAUACUAUAACUGAAUUCGCAAUGACUCUGUCACAAGCUGAAGCGAUGGACGUCUGCACAGAGGCCAAGCGCGUUAUGGUCCAAGCUCUGGCGAAGAUGUACACUUUGCGCACGCAGCGUGGUGGACUUCGCCUUCACAGAAGUUUGUUAAUCACGCUUGUCAUGAAGUCGGCAAGAGACAUGUACCACAGCGGUCGGACAGCUUGUGAGCAACAAGAAGAGAAAGCCAACCUCGCCGGAGUGGCUUCAGAAUCGUGUGAAACCACAAACUCAACCACUGCUUGCGUUGCAGCAGGAGCCGGGGAUCAGGAUCAGCCGCUUGCGCCAAAGACACAGGUGACACAGGUUAAUACCCCUGCACAGACUGACCUACAUUGCCAUGACCGAGUAGUGUGCUCGGAAUCGGAGGACAAGGAGAAUCAAAGUUCAACCAAAUCGGACCGACAUUCCAGAAAACGCCGGGGUCAAGCGGCCGUUGCGCCCGACUUCCUACCGUGUAAAAAGGCGAAAAUGGAAGCUGAAGAGGCAUUCGCGCAGCGGAAUGCACACAGCGCUGCUCUGAGGGCCACUUGCUGUGGAGUACAGGACUCGUUAACGCAUAUACCUAUACCCAGGGGCAUCGUUAGUUUUUGAACCCAGCAGUGAUCAAGUGGUCGCUCUAUUGUAUUGUUGAACCUUUGAUGCGCUUUUGCGCACAAACUGGGAUACUCAAGAUAUGGGACAUGUGGAUACUGUUCUCUUGAAUAGCACAUUAUGCUAACCAACCUACAGCAGGACUUGAUGUUGGAGCAUUGGCUAUUCUUAUGAAAAUGAAGGACUGGAUCUCAGUGCAAUCAUAGAGGCCAUGGAAGUUUACGCGUCACUAUGUGAUUUGGACAGCAUACAGUGGUGCUCUCUUUAUACCAGUUUCAGGUGACAAUAUUGGGUCUCACGAGGAAAAGGACUAUUGGUUUUACAAUUGUCCAUCUGGUCAGCACGUUGAAUCCUGUUUGCAGUGUCAAGUUCUCUUCGCUCAUGUAGGCUACAGAAUGUAUUUGUAUUUGACAGUUCUGUGGAAAACCCAUGUGUUCACUCGUGUUACUGUUUUGUGAUAAGUCAUACAUUUCACUGGAAGCUGUGCUCUCUCGUUGGUCAUGGCACUAGUGUUGACUAAUGAAAACAAUCCAACGUCACAUUCCGAUGUCACAAACUACCUCAUAUUUAUUGAAUAAAUCUUGUAUGAACAUGA